GAGGCGGGGUCUGUGUCCAUGGGGACCAGGGAUGGGCUCUGCCAAGCUCGCUGUUCACCCCCAUUGUUCGCUGGAACUAGUCACUCGGAGCUGGGCGGAGUGGAGAGAGGCAAGCAAGGCGGUGGCGACGGGUCCGGCAGAAUAGCCAUGGAGGUGAUGAACAUAAUAGAUCAACCUAUCAAGGUGACAGAAUGGCAGCAAACAUACACCUAUGACUCGGGAAUCCAUUCUGGAAUGAACACCCAGGUGCCAUCAGUGAGCAGCAAGGGCUUGAUGGAUGAAGAUGACCUCUAUGGCAAGCAGUACACCAUUAAGAAAACUACUACUUACAGCCAACCUGGUUCAGGGCAGGCCCAGACUCAAGCGGAAUUGGAGUCCCAGCUUGCAAUGACCCGUGCCCAGCGUAUUCGGGCAGCCAUGUAUCCAGAGACAGCUGAAGACCACACUCUUCUACUGACUACCCAAGUUGAGGGACAGCAGACAAAUGUACAGCGAUUGGCUGAGCCCUCUCAAAUGCUCAAGUCAGCCAUUGUGCACCUCAUCAACUACCAAGAUGAUGCUGAACUAGCCACUCGUGCUAUCCCUGAACUCACCAAACUGCUGAAUGAUGAAGAUCCGGUGGUAGUCAGCAAAGCAGCCAUGAUUGUGAACCAGCUGUCUAAGAAAGAAGCCUCACGCCGGGCUCUUAUGCAGUCUGCUCAAAUUGUUGCUGCUGUGGUGCGCACCAUGCAAAACACCAGUGACCUGGAAACAGCCCGCUGCACUACCAGCAUUCUCCACAACCUGUCUCACCAUCGUGAAGGGUUGCUGUCCAUCUUUAAAUCUGGGGGUAUCCCAGCUCUCGUGCGCAUGCUUAGCUCUCCAGUGGAGUCAGUCUUGUUUUAUGCCAUCACUACUCUUCACAACCUACUGCUGUACCAGGAAGGUGCCAAGAUGGCUGUUCGCCUUGCUGAUGGUCUUCAGAAGAUGGUCCCCUUGCUGACAAAAAAUAAUCCUAAAUUCUUGGCUAUCACCACUGACUGUUUGCAGCUGCUUGCCUAUGGAAACCAAGAAAGCAAACUUAUAAUUUUAGCCAAUGGAGGUCCCCAAGCUCUUGUUCAAAUUAUGCGAAGUUACACCUAUGAGAAACUUCUGUGGACUACCAGCCGUGUCCUCAAAGUCCUGUCUGUCUGCCCCAGCAACAAGCCAGCCAUUGUGGAAGCCGGUGGUAUGCAAGCUCUAGGAAAGCACCUGACUAGCUCCAGUCCAAGACUUGUUCAGAACUGUUUGUGGACUCUAAGAAACCUUUCAGAUGUGGCCACAAAGCAGGAGGGUCUUGACGGGGUCCUGAAGAUUCUGGUCAACCAGUUAAGUUCAGAUGAUAUUAAUGUGCUGACCUGUGCCACUGGAACCCUCUCCAAUUUGACUUGCAACAAUAGCAAGAACAAAACCCUGGUGACUCAAUCGAAUGGAGUUGAAGCCCUCAUACACACUAUUCUCCGAGCUGGAGACAAAGAAGACAUCACCGAACCAGCUGUGUGUGCUCUAAGGCACCUCACCAGUCGACAUCCAGAGGCUGAAAUGGCACAGAACUCUGUGAGGCUUAACUAUGGAAUUCCUGCCAUUGUUAAGCUGCUUAAUCAGCCCAACCAAUGGCCACUGAUCAAGGCUACAAUUGGCCUCAUCCGUAACCUCGCUUUAUGUCCGGCCAAUCAUGCCCCCCUACAAGAAGCCGCUGUCAUCCCUCGCCUUGUUCAGCUACUGGUGAAGGCUCACCAAGAUGCUCAGCGUCAUGCAGCUGCAGGCACACAGCAACCAUACACGGAUGGGGUAAAGAUGGAAGAAAUUGUGGAAGGCUGCACAGGUGCACUACACAUUUUAGCCCGAGACCCUAUGAACAGAAUGGAAAUCUUCCGUCUAAACACCAUUCCUCUCUUUGUGCAGCUCCUAUAUUCUCCAGUGGAAAACAUCCAGCGUGUGGCAGCUGGUGUACUGUGUGAGUUGGCUCAGGAUAAAGAGGCAGCUGAUGCCAUUGAUGCAGAAGGUGCCUCAGCACCAUUGAUGGAGCUUCUGCAUUCUAGGAAUGAGGGCACAGCUACAUAUGCAGCUGCUGUGCUGUUCCGCAUCUCUGAAGACAAGAACCCAGACUAUCGGAAACGCGUCUCCGUGGAACUCACCAACUCACUCUUUAAACAUGACCCUGCUGCUUGGGAAGCUGCUCAGAGUAUGAUACCGAUUCAUGAACCAUAUGCAGAUGAAUUGGAUGCAGGAUAUCGUGGCAUGUACUCUGCGGAAAUUCCUAUGGAUCCCAUGGACAUGCACUUGGACAUGGAUGGAGACUACCCCAUGGAUACAUACAGCGAUGGUGUGCGAGCACCUUACCCAGACCACAUGCUCGCCUAAUAUGUCCCUUGGACAUGUUGGGCAGGACUCAAGAGGCUGAAAAGUGAGAGUACACAAUUUCCUAAGGCUGAUGUGGACUGCAGACGGGAGAAGGAAGAGAAUAAAAAAGAAAGCAUACAUUUCUAUGUCACACUAUUCAGAUUUCUUUGAAUUCUAUACUUUGAUCUUUCAAAAACAGCUUUUAUUGAAGUUGUGGUACUAAGCAGCUUUCAACAAUGCAUUGAAAGCCUCCAGCACGUAUUUGACUGAACCUUUUGUACUAAAGACAAAGUUCAGGAGCUUGAAAUCCUUCCUUCAUGCGGAUAUACAUCCGCAUGAUAGAAAGGCUAUACCCAGCUGUAUGUUGUGUAGCAGUUAAUGUUUGUUGAACAUUAACUGGUAUACUGAUGUGUUGCCAACAUAUGAAAUCACAUAUUUGCCCUUGAAGUCAGGUGUGAAAGCUGCCAUGUGCUUAGCUAAUCCUAUAGCAGGAGAUGGCUAGCUUUACACUAUCACAAUCCUUUCAACUUCAAUUCCCAUCAAUAAGUACCAUGAGCAUGACCAAUGGAAAAAGACAAACCUUGACUUUUGUCAGGUUGCUUAACUAUUUGAACUUGGACAAGCCCACAACUGGUGUUUUAUGGCUUGUAAAGCACUUCUGGCCAUCAUAAAAUGUCUUCCUUCCCUUCAUCUCUCAGGGUUAUGUGACUGCAUUUCAGGUGCUUGGCAAUUCAUUCGCCUUUACAAUGGGCAAAAAAUACUCUUUGGGAAAAAUGGGUUUGCACUUAAAAUUGCACUGUUUGCGUAAUGGCUGCAGAUUCAACAACCAUAGUGAUUCACUUCACUACCACUGCAAAAAUGUCAUAAAAUCAGGUCUGAUCUCAUAAGUACCUUGACUUAUGACUAUAACGAGUUAUAACUAUAAAUCCUGUCCCAAUUGCAGUCAUAAAUCAAGGACUACGUGUAUAGUCCAAAAUGACUGCAGAGCACUCAUAUGGGAUGUGCCCCACAUUUUCCACUGUCUUAAUCGUAAAGUAGUGGGAGGGUAGCUAUAGCUCCAAGGCCACGUGUAUUCUUUUUGCAGUCCUCAUAGCAUCCUGAUCAUAAAUGCUCAGAACCAACAGCACAAUUCCCUGUUAUUCUGAGGUGGGAAAUGGAAACUGCAGUAGAAGAGAGAUACAUUACAGAUACAACUUAACCCAAAGCCUAGUCUAAUGUCAUGUCAUAGUCCCUGCCUAGCCAUUUUGUAACUCUUAUUGCCAUCCCCCCCAAAUUUAAGAGACACCCUGGUUAUCAAAUGGUUUCUGCCUCUUCUAUGCUGCAGGAGCAUGUGACUUAAUCUAUAUUACCUAUACCCUAGAAGUCUGCAUUGAUUCAGGUGUUGUGCCACUUACCUGUGAAUGCUACAAAAUAUCUAUCAAAGAUGAAAAUGAAACUAUUUGGAUGAAGUUCUUUUCUAUAACAUUCUUUGCAAUUUAUCUCUUCUCCAUAAACAAUAAUCUGUCAUGCCCUAUACUCCUAAAAUCUGUAUCAGGACUUCUACUUUGGUUCCUGACACUAAGCAAGUUAUUCUAAACAUUCCCUGUUGAGCAGACGUCUGUCUCCCAAUGACAAUGAAAACAUUAUUGAGAGUGGAAAAAAUGUUAGCAAGCACAAGGAAGUACUAAACUUGCACCUUAAAAAUCCCAGUGAAUAAGAUUUGGAUAGGAGUCACAGUAUUUAAGAACAAUUUUCUCCUGGGUUAAUUGUAUUUGCAGAAACACUCUGCAAUAUCAGUUUCCUACAGCACAUGUGGUUAUUUAAAACAAACUUUUCCAACAUGGUACCUUCCAGAUAUUGGAUUAAAAUUUAUAACUUGCAUUGUCAAAUAUGGUGGCUGAAAAUUCUGAUUUUUUUUCAUAGUAAUUAAGAAAUUACUAUGAUGAAACAGCUAUUUUCACCUAAUGAUAUUUGUAGUUUUCUCUGAUACAAUGGGAUAGGAUAGCAAUCUCUUUUUUUCCCCUCCUGAUUCUUUGCCUUUCUCUAUAUUUAGCUCAACUGCCAGUGUUACAUCAGCCAUAAGGGUCUGUAAUUGUUUCCUGAGGAAGAGAAAGUAUCAAACAUUAACAUAAGCAGAGUUGCAGUAUUGAUACUAUACUUCUAAAUGACCUGGUUCUCUUACAAUAAAGUGUAGGGAAGUAGACCUUUAUGCUUUUCCCCAGGUUUUUAUUCCCCACCCCCACUCCUAAGAUUCAUCCUUUGGGUCUACUGGAGCAAAAUGUAUUUUUAAUACCAUCCCGUAAGCCAUUAAUCUUUCUAGAAUGACAAAUGAAAGGAGUCAGGAUCAAAGGGAUCUAGGAAGCAAAGUUGCUUCUGUAUAAUCAUUGCCAUCCAAUGUCAAGCCAUUUACUCUCUCCUGCCAGCUUACUGGUAUGAAUUAAAUUUGAUUUUCCAGAAUUAGACAUGGUAUAAUCAAAGAGUAGAAGGAGAAUGGCAAGAUGGAUAACAGAGUAAAAGGAAGAUUAGAAGAACUUCAGGGUUUUCCUUUCCACUACGGAAAAGCUGCUUAAAAGAAAUCAUAAUGCUGACUGUGGUCUUUUCUUAAUUUCUAUCUGUCAUGCUCCACAAGUUGAAAUUUUAACAAAAACAAGAAAAGAAGCAACAUAGUAGACUUGAAAGCAAUAAUAUUUUCCUCAGUUCUUUUAUCUACCAAGAAUCAUGCUGACAGAAUUAUUAAAACCACUUUUAGUUUUGAGGUAACAGUUGGCUUCUACUUUUAUGACUGCUUGGAAAGAUAAAUGUGUGAAUGAUAAAAUUGUCAGAUUAUUAGAUAAGAUUUUGGAGGGAAAUACUUUUGUGUUAUUCUUGGCUUCUCUUUGGAUAUAUAAAAUCCACCCAGUGAUUAUACACAGAGAGGGUUACAAAAUACUAACUCUAAAUCUCAAUUAUAUGACAGUAUUCUUACAUUCAAGUUAGCUUGCUGUAACUGGCUUAUGACUAGCUUAACUACUGAAAACCCACCGUUGAGAUAUUUGAUGGCAGAUGGGAAAUUUCAUUUAUUUACAAUUUGCUUGCUUAUAACCAACACUGUCAAAAGUGACAGAUCUCAAAAUUGUGACUAUGUCAACAAGUUGGUGCUCUCUCAGUGUAGCAGGGGUUUAGAGUUUUGUUUGUUUUUAGUGGCUUUUUUCUUUAGCUAGCAGAAUUUUAUCUGCCAAGGUGAACUCCUUAUUGCUUCAAAUGAUAAGACCUGAAAGUGUUUGUAUUCACCUGAAAUUAUCUUCAAUGUAGAUUUCAGCUUAUGUUAGGGUGUGCUUUUGUUUCUGCAACUGUUUUGUUAUUACUGAUGUUUUAUAUCCCAAUAUCUGCACGUAAAAAACAAAAAAGAUCUUCCUCUUCCACACCAAUAACAAGAGGUAAUAUGAGAAAUUUUAGAUAUGGCUAGCUGGUAUAAGUUGUCCCAAAGCCUUUGGGUUAGCUGGCUAGAAGUUAUUAAAGCUAGUACAAGUGAAAGCUUUUGUUCAUUAAAUCAAGAGAUUUCUUACAUUUUAAAGGAAAUAUUUUGUCUGUACAGUUUUGUUGAACAAAUGCAGACAAAAACAGUUCCUACAUGCAUGAUCUUGAUCAAUAACCCAGGUUGAAUAUGUGAACUGACUACUGAACAGCAUUGUGUGGAAAGUUUUGUUUAUUGUGACCAUCUCUUGAUGAAGCAUCUAUGAAUGAAAUUCAUAAUCAUGCAUCAUUGCCAUCAACUGAAGAAGGUGCAAAUGCAAAUGAAUUGUGCGCUAGCACUAUAAUUUGUGAAGGAACGUGCUAUAGCUAUUUUGCUAAAGUUAAAAAGGUUUGUCUCAUUCAUCAGUUAUUCUGGGGAAAACCAUGUUUCCCAGUACUUUAAAGAGUUUCUCAGCCUUGGUCACUUUAAAAUAUGUGGACUUCAACUCCCGGAAUUCCUCAGCCAGUGUGCUGACUGUUGAAUUCUGGGAAUCGAAGUCCACUUACAAUGGAGAGGCCAAGGUUGAGAAACUGCCACUGUCGUUCAUUGGAGCUGAUAACCUACCCUGUGCAUCCUAGUCCCCGUGGUGAAGAUAAGGCCUCAUCUAUUAAUUCUUCGCCAUUCUCUGAAGUCCCCAGUGUGGCAUAGCUUUAAUUGGCUGUUUAUAAUUUGAUUCUUGAGAUUUCUCCAGCUGAAACCAAGGGGUUGUGUUGAGCAAGAGGGUAUUAUGCCAAGUUCCCCCAUAAGCCUCAGGUUAGUCCUGAUUUCAUCAGUAGCUGCAUGAGAGAUAACAUAUUUUUUACAAAUUGUAAUAUUCCUGUGACAUAAUGUAUUUCAUAAACAUGACAGAUCAACAAGAAUGCACAGACCUAUUUGUUGACUUUCCCACUGCUUCUGACAGCAGUAAUUUAUAGCUUUAUCCAGAACUGUCCUGUAUAUGCAUCAAUAUGUUUCUCUGCUUCUUGUUCUAACUUGACCUGCCAGUUAUUAACUUCAUGUUCUCAUCUGAGCAACAGGUCUUGUCAGUUCCAUUUAAUCAGGUGGCAGCAAGAGAAAGAAUUAUUUUUGAUGCCAUCAGCAAUAUGUUACCUUGGCUAAAUCAAGAUGCUUUCAGCUUCUGGGCAAAAUAUGUUGAAAAGGGCAGUUCUAACAUUCCUGGAUAUGGUUCAGCCUUCUUGCUAUUUCUAUUCCUGUUCCUAUGGACAGACUGGAAAUUAAAUAUUGCUGGAAGAACUCUUUGAACUAUGUAUUCAUUUUCCACUUAAUCAGGUGUGUUGCUCCUACAAUGUAUGAAUCUCUCUGUUUGCAAAUGCUACCUAUAACCUAACUAUUUGCAUUAUUUUUCCUCCUUAGGUGAAACUGAAAUAUAUAUUCCAUUUUACCUUA